AUGUCAUAUAUAAUAUUACUGCCAAUCCUAUCAAUACUAUGUUUAAAAUCGCUAGCACAUGAUUUACCUGUCGAUUGUGCCAACAUCCCACCUUCGUUUUACUGUAAGAACGAGGAUUUGACCAAGCAUUGUGACGUGGACAAUUUAUGCAAAAAUAUUGAGAAAAAUGCGUUUGGAAAGAAGAUCCAAAUGACAUUGUUAUACGAAACGUUGUGUCCGGACAGUCAAAGGUUCUUUCCGAAAUUGGUCGAAUUUAUGGAAGAGUACGGUAAAUUUGUGGAGCUGGAAAUGGUACCGGUUGGGAAUGCGAAUUAUGCUGUAAGUUGGUACUUUUUGAUACGAAUUUACAGUGUAUUAGCUUACCUAGGGUUGGCAGAGUAAUGUAAGGUAAAAAUAUUUUUCAAAAUUUUGUAGUUGUGGCUUAGGCUUAGCUUCAGGCUUGGAUAUAAGUUUGAGGUCAGACUUAGGCUUAGUGUUAAGCUUAAGGUUAGUCUUAGGCUCAUGCUUAUGUUUAGGGAUUGUUCAGCCUGUGCAUAGACUUAAACGUAAGGUCGUGCUUAGGCUUGUACUUAGGCUUGAACAAAAGCUAGCUUUAGUCGUAAAAUUAAGGUUAAACUUGAACUUAAUCCCAGUUGCUUGAGUUUUAGACUUGAACAUAGUCUUAAAGCUUCAGCACGUAGCCUUACAAUGUUAGGCUUAAACUUUGGUUAGCACAAAAGAAUUUAGAUUGAGCAAAGCAUGGUAUAUAAAUAUAAUAUCUGUAUGUCUUUUUAGCCGAAUGGCACACUUUUAUGCCAACAUGGUCCAGACGAAUGUUUAGGUAACAAGUAUCAUGCCUGUGCUUUAAAAGUUGUUAAAGAGCCAAUGCAGUACCUUAAUUGCACUAUGCUCUAUUGGUUGUACAAGAUUCCAUUGAUGGAUGGGCUUCAAAUCUGUGAGACUUAUAUUAGUCAGCACGAACUUAUGGAUAUACGGUAAUUAAAAAAAAUGUUAAAUUAAAAAAAAAAUUUUUUAAAAACCAAAAAUUAAGAAAAUAUUUUAUUAAAAAAAUUUAAAAUUAAAAAAAAAUUUUUAAAAAAUAAAAAAAUUUCAAAAUUCAGAAAAUGUGUGUACGAUGGUACAGCCGAUCGUAUUCAAGCUGCCAACUUUAAUAAAACCAAAAGUGGUUGGCCGGAACGGCAUCAGGGCGUGCCUUGGAUGUUCUUCAAUAGCGUCAGCAUGAGAGCGGCCCAAUUUCAUAUGCGCGAUUUGAGUGGUGCGAUUUGCGAUUGGUACCAAGGGAAUGAAGCUGCUCCUAAACGAUGUGACAAGCUUUCUUAA